AUGGACAAGUUCUUAUUUGUUAUUCAGCUUUUUAUUUAUGGUGAAUUUUCUGAGCAAGUGGUCCAGGCAGUGGGAAAAACACUCUGUGUGCAAAAAUUGCUCAACACUUUGGGUACACUCAUCUUAAUGUUGUUCAUGAUUGAAAAUAUGAUAAAAAAGGGAAAGCUUGUUCCUUCAGAAGUAACCAUCAAGCUUCUUCAACGCACCAUGAAGGAAAGUGGUAAUGAAAAAUUCCUUAUUGAUGGCUUCCCCAGAAAUGAGGAGAACCAUGUUGCAUUUGAGAAAAUUGAAAGAGAAGAUGACAAUAUUGAGACAAUACGAAAGUGGUUCAAAGUUUUUGCAGAAUCCACUCUUCCUGUGGUUGAAUAUUAUGCCUCAAAGGGGAAGGUCUGGAAGAUUGAUGCUGGAAGGCCUCUUGAAGAGGUUUUCGAGUCAGUCAAACCCAUUUUCUCCCCAGCUAAAGAAAAGGUGGGUUCCCAUCUGGUUGGUAGUUUUACAGUAAAAAUAUGGAACCUAAAGAGACUCAAUGGCAAAACCUUACAUGUAUUGGCGGUUUGA